AUGAAUAUGAGGAAUCAGAAACAUGUGCUUCCAUGUCAUUCAUGAUUAUUAACCAGUCAUAUUUUGUUUAGAAACUUUGUGCUCUGUGGAAAUGAGAUUAAGUUGACCAUGAUGGGUCCAUUAGCACGUAAUUAACAUGUCACUGGCUUUGGACAGUGUCCAUUAAUUCAAUGCUACUGGAGCUAUUUAAAAGGAAAACCCAGAGCCAAGUGGGAAAGAAGUCGGUCGUAAUUCAAUCAGUAAUAGCUUUGAUGUCCUAAUUUCAGAGGGCUCUGUUGCCCUGUUUCCACAACAGAACCCUGAACCCUCACUGUGGAGGCGAUAGAUAAUUUGUGGUGGACUUGUAACUUGGCGCAUCCUGUAUCGAGAUGUCGGGAUGGUAGAGCUCCCUCGUCUGGGGUCAGAUGGAGAGGUUUGUGCGAGGGGGGACGCAUACCCUAGCUGCGUGGUGACUCACCCAGCGUGCACUUGUAACCACACGCGACGGUUAACGGGUGAAUAUCAGAUCAGACAGCUCUGGCUUCGGUGUAGGAUGCGGAGUUAACGAGGAGCGCAAUCAUCGAGGGACGCUCGGAUGUGAUCACCACCUUAGGACUCAUAUGUUUCCUCUCUCUCUUGGACCCAUGCGUAAAUGAUUCGCCCUGUUGUGUGCGGCUGAAUUGAGACAACGGCGAGGAGGGGGAGGAGGGGGAAAAUAGAACUAAAGCAGGGGGAUUUCGUCACCUGUCCUUGAACACUCUGGCUGGGACGUUGCGCCCGGUCUUGGCAUAUCGAUGAGAGAGUGUGCGUGUACGUGCCCACAUAUCUGCUGGCCCUGGUGCGUGUAUAGGACGUAUGGCCAGCGGUCUGAGAUGCAGACAUUGGAUGAGGAGAGAUCUUCGGUGGGCUGUGGACAGGCCACCUAUCACCACACCCAGGCGUUUGGCCGCUGGAUUGGCAAGUGCAGCAACGCCACCAUGAAUUUCUUAAUGGGAUUAUUCCAGCGCGGUUCCUACUACAUUCCACACGAUGAGGAUUACUGCAUCAGUCGAAAAAGCAUGGAACAAUCUGCCUUCAAGUCGAUAUCCAUCGACCAUCUCGACGAUGCGGAUGAUGCGAUAGUUGGCGCCAUCACCUUUGCAAACAACGCGGCUGUCGACAAGCGCAUGAGUAAGAGCAGCGACUCGCUUUCCGGAGGACUGACGCAGAGGAGAUCGCGGUCGACAAGUCUCGGGGAGAAAGACGCAGACAGUGCAUACGAGGAAGGGCCAGCUGCAACGGCCGCUCGGUCAAAGAGUGAGCUGGAAGUUGAACUCAGAAGACUGACGCACCAGUUAAAUAUGGAACGCAAACAGAAAGAAGACAUGCAAAGCAAGAUCAGCAAACUCCAGGAGGAGCGGAUGAGGUUACAGGACGAAUCAACGUCUGCGGCGGUCCAGCUACGGCAGAUCAAGGAUUGGAUUUACCAAGGGGAUAAACCUGUCAAGUAGCCCAUCCCUCGGAUCAUAGAAAAUACUAAACUCUGAAUGCUGAUGUUGCUUGCUAGUUAAGCAAACUGUCAAAAACAAUCUAGCUGUGUUGCGUCUGUGGUUUUUGAGAGAUCAUAGAUGUCUUCAGCGCAUUAAACUUGUUCCUAGCUUUAUCGUAAUCCUGGAAAGAUUGCGAAGACCACGUGGCCAAAUACAGUGAACCCUGCUCAGUGACCACCUGUGUAGAAGGACCGGACCGCCUGUCUAUAAAGACCAAAUAUGUUUGUUUCCCUUGAACUGUGUUUCUCAAUUUGAAACAUAGGAACUUGUAUGUGAAGACCUCCUGCUCUUAUAGACCACUAUUGUUGUCUUCCUUGAGAGGUCUUUAUAUACAGGUUCCAUCGUACUAUAAAGAUGUCUUUAUUAUGAAGUCUUAAAAGAUCUUUCCAACCCAAUAACAAAAGGGUAUGGCACUCUUUGAUAUCCCUUGCCAUCGACAUGCCAAAUGCCUCGUCUCAGUUUAGAAGUGACAGGCACCUAUUUGUAUUUUGGAAUCUGUAUGCAAUUCAAGCACUUUGUCAGUGAGGUUACUGUAAAGGAGUGUCCUGUUUAGUUAUUGUUUAAUGAGACUCAUCUGUGUAGAUCCAGACCAUACCCAUGUAUACAAAUUUUAUAACUUAUUGUCCUUCAGGUAUCAAACCAAUGACAUAUGACUUCUAUGUAAGCUUUCCAUUUAUAAGAUUAUCCUUGAUCUGUUCUUGUUUAUCUGGUGCUCAUCUUUCUUGACUGUAUACAAUCAAAAAGUGAUUUAAGAUUCAAACUAUUCAGCUCCGUAUAUCAGAGCAGUACUUUUUUAAUCCUUUUUUUUUAAUUUGUAUGUUUUAUUAAAUCAAAACUAAUGUCACAAUAUUUACAGGUCAUCAAUAAUGAUUGGUAUAGAGAAGUACUUUUAAUAUCCUACAAGUAAUAUCUCAAUACAAAUUCAAUUGAUCAACAGAGUCAUUUUGUUGUAGGAGAACACAAACUAUAUUUUAUAUGUGAUAUCCUGGCUUUAUUGUUCAUUGGCGUAAUUCAUGUUUUUAGUCAUGAUGAUGCAAUGAUCCCAGAGUUUGGAUUAGUUAAUCCUUAGGGGAAAUCAUGGGGUGGAGAUUAAGGGCUUUGGUAGAUCAUUGUGACAGAUGAGAAGACAAACAGGAGGAAGCACAAAUAUUAAGCCCUGGUUCUUUAUGCUUAGGGUUGUCUACUGGAAAUGAAUUAAUCUUGAAGCAAAUCUUCUUUUGCAACCAUGGGAAAUGCUUCAAAGUAAUCUGAGAUUAUGAUUUGCGCUACUUUUAGAUGAAGGUCUAUGAACUGCAAUGACACGAAUCAAGUUCAUUAAUGCGGUGAGAUAUUGUUUAGGCAUGCUUUUUGCAGCUCGAUCUAAGCAGCUUCUGCAACACGGCUAAUAUAUUACAAAAACUUCAUUGUGUGAAAGUCAGUACACAAA